AUGCCGGAGCAUGCCGAGAUCUACGCCAUGUCGCAGACCAUCAACCGGUGGGCGGUGCGGACCCGAGUGGUGGCGCUGACCAAGUCGCCGGUCCACAAGUCGCCUGCGCCGCUCUUGCCGCUGCGGCCGGGCACGGCGUCCGGCUGCGUCGUAGCCGCUGUCUCACGCGGCAAGGAACUGCUGCUUGCUGCCGCACCGACGCGCUCGCUGCUAGGCAAGGUAGUGGCGGCGACGGCGGCAGCCGAGGCGGAGCUGGGGCCGGCACCGUCGACGGCUGCGCUGGCCGCUGCGGGUGUGCGCGACGAGCUGAUUGCCGCACUGGCCGCCGCAUCCGGCAAGGAUGGUCUGGUGCUGGUGGUCGGCAUGGGCAUGACCGGGACGUGGAAGGUUGUUGAGCCGGGCGAGGAGAUGCCGCGCCAUGCGCACCUGCGUUUCGAGGGGGACGAUGGCUCGGUCCUGGUGUUCGAGGAUAUGCGCCGGCUGUCGCGGUGGCGGUGCCACGCCGCCGGUGAGGCCAAGGCCACAUGGACCGCCGGGCGCGGGCCUGAUCCGCUUCGCGAGCCCGCCGCCUUUGCGGCGAACAUAGAGCGCGGCCGCGGGACCGCAGCAUUUGGCAAGAUGCUCUGCGACGCGCUGCUCAACCAGCGGUACUUUAACGGCAUCGGCAACUACUUGCGCGCCGAGAUCAUGCACCGCGCCGGUCUCUCGCCGUUCAUCACCCUCGACGAAGCGCUGGAGCUGCCGCAGGGCGGGCAGAUGCUCAAGCUCGUCGCCUCUAUCCCGCACGAGGUCAUGCAGCUUGCCGAGGCGUACGAGCCGGCCAAGGCGAAAGAAGGCGCGUUUGCUGCGUGGCUGACGGCCUACGGUAAGCUGGAGAGCGUACGUGACAAGGCUGCACGCACCGUCUGGUUUGACGCCACCCAACACAAGGUGCCGAGCGCGAUGCGCGCCACGCUGGGCAAGGGCAGGGUCCGCGGCAUCGAGUCGCGGAGCAAAGCCAAGUCCAAGCCCAAGACGGCACAGGCCAAGCCCAAGGCAGCAAAGGCCAAGCUCAAGGCGGCAAACCGCAAGGGGGAUAGAUAG